AAAGCCAGUUACAAUUUUUUAUUAACACACAGAUAUUCUUAGCACCUGAAGUGAAAAAUGACACAACACUUGGGAUCUUCGGGGAAGCAGCCCUGUGAAAGGAGGCGGCGCGUGCUGACGAAGGCUUUGUCAAAUCGUGUCUGGCUGCGGUUCACGAGGCGGCUUGCUCCUAAAGAUCUGACUCAGAAAAACCCCAGAUCCUCUCAAGUCACUGGGAAAUCCUAAAUGUUCCUGGAAGUUCAGCCACACUUUGCCUAAGAUUUGUAGAUCUUGCCCCCUUGCUGGAUUUCUUACAGAGCCUUCGGUCGGGCUUUGGUGCAGCUGUGUGUGUAUGGCAUCAGUUGAGCAGGCGCAGCUGUUCUCACCCGCUUUGGAAUGCCUUGUUUCAAUGAUUUCAACUGCUUUCAGCAAUCAUCAUGUGAAAUUAUUCUGUCUGGGGUAGGGAGGGCUGGCCUGGGUGAUGACCUUUCUGGGCUACAGCCUCUCACGCAGGUUGGUGGGGCUGCUUGGCGGUAGGAGGGAGCAUUUCCCUUCCCCACAGGCAGCCCAGGUGAGGGUCCCUCGCCCUGCAGUGCAUGGGAAGGUGUUUUCAUCACUAAAGUAGCUUGCUGGCAAAUUAAGUGAAGAGCUUCAUUUAUGAAAGUGUGUCGCUGUGGGAGCGGUUGCAGGAUACCUCAUUCCACCAGGGCUCUGCCGAUCACCUUCUCAGCGUGAACUAAGCUUAAGGAAGAGGAGUUAGUUUAGCUGACAUACAUUUAACUGGAGAAAACAUCACUGUCCAAACAGGGCCAGCUGUAACCGCCCCUGGGUUCUGCUGGUGGCAAUGUCUCACUGGGCUGGUCUCCCCUCCACCGCUGCCAAAGUCAACCUGCUGGUCUUGGUGGUUUCUGCAGUGUUUUCCCAGUCAAGCCUGAGCGACAGAGUUCCUGAGUUUGCCCUUACAAAAAUAGAAGAGAGCGACAUAAAAGAUGACAACGGGAAGGAGCCGCUAACAGAAGAUGAUGCUGAUCCUGAAGACCUGGAAGUGUUUUACCCCACACAUCAGUGGCAAACCAUCCGUCCAGGCCAAGCUGUUCCUGCAGGGUCGCACGUACGAUUAAAUCUGCAGACGGGAGACAGAGAAGUGAAGCUCCCAGACAGUGAAAAUGGAAAAAGGGACACGAGAGAAGCGAGGAGGAAAAGGCUGGGCAAGGUGGAUGUUGAUUCAAAUUCAUUCUCAUCCCAGGAGCUCAAAAAAGCAUUGGCUAAAAUGAAGGAGAGUGAAAAGGCAGAAAGAAAGGCCCACGAGGAAGAGGUGAGGAAGAAGUUCCGGCCCAUAGAUCAGCUGAAGGAGGAGUUUGAAAAGCUGAACGUGAAGAUGGAAACAGAUUAUGAAAUUAUGGUUAAGUUAAUCGGCAAAUUCAACAGCUCUGCCUCCACGUUGGAUGAAAAAGUAGCGGCGCUUUAUGAUCUUGAAUAUUAUGUUCACCAGGUGGACAACGCCAAGGACUUCCUCUCCAUGGGCGGCCUGCAGCUCGUGAUCGGCGGGCUGAACAGCACCGAGGCCGCGCUGAAGGAGCACGCUGCCUUCGUCCUGGGAGCCGCUCUCUCCAGCAACCCCAAAGUCCAGAUAGAAGCGAUCGAGGGCGGCGCGCUGCAGAAACUCCUGGUUAUCCUGGCGACGGAGCAACCCCUGGCUGUCAAGAAGAAGGCUCUCUUCGCGCUCUCCUCCAUGCUGAGACACUUCCCCUACGCCCAGCAGCAGUUCCUCAAGCUGGGCGGCCUCCAGGUGCUCAGGAGCCUCUUCAGGCAGAAGGGGAUGGCGACCCUCCACAUCCGUGUGGUGACGCUCCUCUACGACCUCAUCGUGGAGAAGAUGCUGCUCGAGGACUCACCGCACGGGGAUCAAAUGGAAGAGAAAAUCCAGCAGUACCGGCAGGUCAAGUUGGUCCCGGCGGUGGUGGAGCAGGACUGGUGCGUGGUGGUUUCCAACCUGCUGGCCCUGCCGGAGCACGACACUCGGGAGAAGGUCCUCAAGACGGUCGGCGUGCUGAUGGCCUUCUGCAAGGAGCGCUACCGGGGGGACCAGGCCCUCAGCACCGCCCUCCGCCUCCUGCGCAGCGAGUACGAGGAGCUGGCGGCAGAGGAGCAGAGGGAAGGUGACAAAGACGGCUAUUUCAGGGAACUCCUUGGCUCCGUAAAUACCAUCAUUCAGGAAUUAAGGUGAAAGUAGCUGGAGGUUCCGUUCGAUUCCAGGUAAUCCAGGGCAACAGAGCGCGUUUUGAUGGCACCGGUGUAAAUGCACGUUGGAAUAAACUGCUGGCCUAAACGAGA